GGUUCCUGAAAUAUAGAGUCAUGGCAAAGUUUUUGUACAUUUUGGUGUGUUUUUCUGUUGUUUCUAAUUAUGCGACAGCGACCAAUUUGGAAGUAGUCAACGGCAAAAUCAAAAUAACCGUCGGAACAACAUCAAGAUGUGGUGACACAAUAAGAUUUAUCACACAGGAAUUGGCUCCAACAUACCAGGCGUACAAACAAUUUUUGACCCUGGAAUUCGUACCUUGGGGCAGAACAACCUACGCCAGCGAUGGAACGAUGACAUGUCAAUUUGGACCUACCGAUUGCUUCGCGAACCGUGUGCACAGAUGCGCCUUGAAUAUGUUGCGUGGCGACCAAGAUGCCCAAAUGUCUUACAUGAAUUGUGAAUUUACUAGUCCCUUCCCUGCAACUACCGGCUCGUUCUCUUGUGGUCAAGAUAUUGGUCUUAAUUUAAGAGAACUUGAAGACUGCGUGUAUAUUACUGGAGUACAUCUGGAUCAGGCAGCGCAGGAAGCAGCAAGAGAACCCAUGAGAAUUAUAAAUUUCGUUCCCUCCAUCCAUUUCAAUGACGUCAUUGAUAGAAAUUUACAUAACCAAGGUUUUCGGGGAUUGAGGAGUUUGGUGUGUUCCGCUUUGGCUAAUGAUCAGAGCACUGGUGUUACGAACUGUGUUUAAGGACCAGUGAAGACUAAUAAUGACGCUAUGUUGUUACUACUGUUCGUAUUCUGAAAUUAAAGAAUUGGCA